CAACUCUCUCUCUCUCUCUCUCUUCACAUUAAAAAAGCUGUAAGCAACACAAUAAAACGUAGAGAGAGAGAGAGAGAGAGAGAAAAAGUCCCCUAAUUGAAUUUCAAAUCUCUUUCUCUUUCUCUUUCUCUCUCUAUCUGACUCUGAAUUUUUCAGAAAACCCUAAAUCUCUGAUCGAAAUUUCCAGCUGCUGCUGAGAGUCUCAGAGAAAAGGAAGAGAGAUGAGCCAGAAGCCUUUGAUCUACGCAUUCGUGGCUCGCGGAACCGUGAUCCUCUCCGAGUACACCGAAUUCAGCGGCAAUUUCAACUCCAUCGCCUUUCAAUGCCUCCAGAAGCUUCCUUCCACAAACAACAAGUUCACCUACAACUGCGAUGCUCACACCUUCAAUUACCUCGUCGAUAACGGCUUCACAUAUUGUGUUGUUGCAGAUGAAUCAGUUGGGCGACAAGUGCCCAUGGCUUUUCUGGAGCGCAUCAAAGAUGAUUUCGUGUCAAGAUACAGUGCUGGAAAGGCUGAUACAGCUCCAGCCAACAGCCUUAACAAAGAGUUUGGACCAAAAUUGAAGGAACACAUGCAGUACUGUGUUGAUCACCCUGAAGAGAUUAGCAAGCUUGCAAAGGUCAAAGCUCAAGUAUCGGAAGUUAAAGGUGUUAUGAUGGAAAAUAUUGAAAAGGUUUUAGAUAGAGGUGAAAAGAUAGAGCUUCUGGUGGAUAAGACUGAGAACCUUCAUCAACAGGCACAGGACUUUCGGACCUCUGGUACAAAAAUCCGGAGGAAAAUGUGGCUGCAGAAUAUGAAGAUCAAGCUGAUUGUUUUGGGAAUUCUGAUAGCGUUGAUCCUCAUCAUAGUCCUCUCUGUUUGCCACGGGUUCAACUGUGGAAAAUAAUAAGCUGCUUUCUGCCAGAGGCUUCUGUCUUGUUUAUCAAAACUUGCAAUUAUAUAUCAAGAGAAAUAUUAUAUAUGUAUAUGUCAUGACUUGGUAUGUAGUUCAAUCUAGCAACUUCCAGAUACUCGGCACGAAGUAAAUUUAUUUUUGUGUGUGAACGAACCCUACAAGUUCUUUUUAUGUAACAGAAUGCUUUUCCAUAAAUAUAGUUUGCUUGAUUGCCUUGAAGCUUA